GAUCGGUCUGCGCAGCGCCGCAUGAAGUCGAGCAUGCUUUUCAAAUAAUCGCAGUCGCCCACCCGCCCACUGUACUGUCCGGUGCCGUUUGCUACCAAAAUAUUGUCGCAUGCAUGAAAACAUCAACCUCUGCUGUUGUCCGAGCGCUUUAUCAGUAAGAAUCUCCGCACCAAACAAUCAAGCGAGUGUGGCAUUGUUAGUCUAACGACAGCGUGAUGGAAAUUGAGAUCCAAGAUGGUUCAGAGAACACACUGCCCAACGACAACAUCCAUCCACCCAAACGAGGACGAGGCAGACCACGGGGAUCGCUCAACAAGAAAUUCACUUCCGAGAAAGCGCCGACGGACAAUGCCAGGACAUCCAAAAAGGUAGACUUCUUUGCUCCUGAGAUGAUCAUGAAGUCCAAGGUGAAGAAACGUGGUCGACCAAAGAAGACAAAAAUCCGCGGCAGGCCGAGAAAGAUCCCGCUUACGCCCGAGGAGGAAUCAGAGAAACUUCAUAGGCAGAGUAUAAAACGCAAACGAAAAUUGUGGAAGCCCCUUGGAAGGCCACGGAUUCAUCCGAUUGUAGGAUCGAAUGCCCGCAAGACCAAGAGGGGAAGAGGAAGGCCUCGGAAAUCUGAAGCCACGGCAGAGUCGCCAAUGCGAACCGAUACAGACAGCGGAGAAAAUGAAGCCCCGUCUAGUGUUGAAGUUAGCCUUGGCGAUGCUAAUGGCAUUCCCCGAAAAAGAGGAAGGCCGUCGGGUACCUUUAAAAAGAAGAGGGGUCGGCCUUCCGGUUCUGCCAAAGUUACCAAUGAUGGGACUCCUCGGAAAAGAGGACGACCUCCAGGCUCCGGUUCCAAAGUAAAGAAAGUCAAGGCUGUGGAUGGAUCUCCUCGAAAGAGAGGUCGACCUCGGGGGUCUUCUAACAAAGUGAAGAUCAUAAGACGAGCAGCUGAUGGAUCUCCUCGAAAAAGAGGACGACCUCCAGGCUCCGGUAAAAAGGUCAUCGUCACUAAAAAGAAUAAAGGAGAUGCUCCACGAAAGAGAGGACGACCCCGCAAAAUUAAACUCUGCGUACCAGAUGAUGUAGAUUUAGAUCUUAGCUAUGCUGGUACCAGCACUCAGCAUCGUAAGAGAGGCCGUCCGAGACUGACGGUAAUGCUCGAGAAACUUCCCUCAACAUUCGAAGACGAAGACAAGACCGAGGCCGACGAUCCCUCUCCCAAACGGUUCCGUAACUCUGAUUCUCCGGUACAGGUUGAAAAUGAAACCACGGAAGAAGAUCCAACAACAGAUGAGAAGAACGCAGAGGUCACAGAUGAAGCAGACAACAGUAUCGAUUGUCAGAAAGUGAACAACGUAUGCGAGAAGGAGGUUGGAGAGGGAGUGGGAUCAGGUAAAUUCAAAAAAAAGAAAUGAAAUUCGGUAUAUUUUUGACACGUGCGCUUGGUGUUGCCUGCCAUGCCAGACUGUGUUGAAUAUAUUUUGUUUUACUUUGUAGCUCAUUAUGAACCCCAAUGUUUGUUCAAAGUCUAAGUUCGCACACAAUGAUUUUUUUUUUUUUUGCAUGGGUAAAAAAUUUGGUCGGCAUAAUACAUAAAAGCAUGCAAUUUAGAAGUACCAAGUUUGCAGUUGCUAAUUUUGGGAUCCAAAAAUGAUUUAUGGUUUUUUUUAAAGGUUUGAUUUUAAAACACCAUGCUUUAUUUGUAACCAAUGCUUGUGCCAAGGAUUUCAAAGCAAUAGUAUGUGUGCACAGAAUCCGGAGACUAAAUUCAAUUUUGCCCAAAUUGCACAGGCAAAGGGUUUUACUAAUAGCUGUGAACGUUUCCAGCUUUUUGGAGGGAUGAUGGCAGCAGGGUUAGUUCACCCAAAAAUGUAGUCAUUAUUUACUCGUCCUCAUGUCGUUCAAACCACACAGAUUUUUUUUUUUUUAAAAUAGGAGUGGAUUAUGUAGGCAUAAAUAAUUAGUAUGAAAUAAUUCAGUAUGACCUGUGCCAUAUAUACCAAGUGCUGAAGGCAUACAAACAGGUUUAGUUUCAAGUAAACUAGAAUAUAAUCCGUUAUUUUAUCAAAGUCAUGACCUUUUUUCAGUUCUCCACUCGUUUUGUGGAUUUGCUGUUGUGUUCCAGUUAUUAAAACAUUGGCUAUGUUCAUACAGUGCCAGACUAUGGGUGUCACACCCGUAUUUGAGUUGUUAAUACGGUUGUAUUGUUCAUAAAACAGAUUGGAGCUGCGGUAGGUAAUCUGCUGUGUGAACCUGUUGAUGCGGUUAAAUCCUGAAACUUGACAGUGUGAACAUAGCUAUUAUUUUUACGUAGUAAACUGAGUCAACAUUGUAGACUUUCCAAAACAAUGAGUUAUACAAACUUGUUUUUUUUUUUCAUCAAAACGUGCGUUUCGUUUUUGGGUGAGCUAUCUCUGUUUAUUGUAUAUGUUUGUAGUGGUAAUUUUCUUAAAAAGUAUUUCUUAAAAACGUUUUAGCAUCAUCAGUUUAACAACACCAGAGUAAAUUCAGUGUUUUAUAGUGAAACGGUUUGAUUUUAUGCUUUAAAAUCUUCGUCUCAUAGUUUUGGUCAUCUGUAGUGUUACGUGAGUGCGUAGUCUAUCUUAAAUGUCAUUUUGCUCAGAUAUUGUGAUUUUUACUACAUUGUAUUUUCAAAAUGUGAAUACACUUAAAUUCUGCUUCGACAAUAGGUUUAUCGGUCCUUACAUUUCAACUGUUACGGCUUUUUGUAUACAACAUUUCUUAUUGCUCCGUCUUGAAACUUUCAUUUAACCUACUUAACCUUCUUUUCCUCUUCAUUUGAUUUUGUGCAUAUAGUCGUCAUGUUAUAAUUGGUAGAUCUUAAUUGUUCUUUCAUGUACAGUAUUAUUUAGGUUUUUAUCUAUAUAACAUUGUUUUAGGUGAGAUUUUGCAUUUAGAAAUCAUAAUAAAACACAUACUGUUCAA